CGUUUAUAUAAACCGUUACAGACAUCGCACCGAGAAUGCAAAUAAAAGAGAAGAAGCAAAAAAGGAAUUAAUCGAGAAAAAUUAAAAAUAGGAAAAGUCUGUCUCUCUCUCUCUCUCAUCAGCGAUCAAUUGUGUUCUCUCAAUUUCCCCUUGGUUUUCUCGGGCGGCUUCUCAUCUCCUUAUUCUCCGAAUCGUUCUUCCUCCAUUUCUUGGGAUUAAAUCUUCCUCCUUUCUGCAGACCCCCAUGUCGGACAAAGGUCGUCCCUUGCCCAAGUUUGGUGAAUGGGAUGUGAACGAUCCAGCAUCAGCUGAAGGCUUCACAGUCAUAUUCAACAAAGCUAGGGAUGAGAAAAAGACCGGUGGCAAACCAGGUUCACCUGGUAAAUCCACUGAUGGUCAUGCUAAGUCUGGAGGAGGAGGAGGAGAUCCUAGUAAACCCCAGCCUAAAAAAUGGCUCUGCUGCAUGCAGUCUCCAGCUGUGGACUCUUGAAAGACACAAACAUGGAUUUUUCUUGCUGCCCCAAAGGAAAAAGAAGUCACAUUGCUUUAGACAUGUAUAGCAAUGUUCUUUUUAUGUUUUUAUUGUCUUUCUUGAAAGUACUACCCAUACAUCUAAAAAAGUUCCUAAGAUGAGUUUUAGCCCUAUCACGAUUAUGAUUCCAUCUUUGAAGUUGUUUGUUCUUCUUAAAAAAAAUUGCUGUAAAAUCGUGUUGCCACUGUAUCUAUUAUGUAAUGCUUCUCAUAUGGGUCGUUUUUGGUUUUUAAAAUUUAUUGGUGUCUUUUUCCUUGAUUUUAUCAUUUAUUUAUGCUGUUGAACCAAGAAAAAAUAAAAUAUUUAUUGUGUUGUAGUGUUUUC